AUGCAGACUGCUUCUACAAAUAUUUGUGAAAGACUGUGCAGUAAGUCCAUCCAUGAAAUUUCCUUGUUACUAAAUAUUCCACAGUCAACUGUUAUUGGUAUUAUAACAAAGUGGAAGCAACUGGGAAUAACAGCAACUCAGCCACGAAGUGGUAGGCAACGUAAAAUGACAGAGUGGGGUCAGCGCAUGCUGAAGAGCACAGUGCGCAGAAGUCAUCAAGUGUUUGCAGAGUCAAUAGCUAAAAACCUCCAAACUUCAUGUGGCCUUCAGAUUAGCACAAAAACAGUUUGUAAAGUGCUUCAUUGAAUGGACUUCCAUGGCUGAGUAGCACCAAGUACAAUGCAAAGCAGCAGAUGCAGUGGUGUAAAGCACGCCACUGGACUCUAG